UUAUUGUUUUUAUAUAAUAUUAGUGCCCCAAGGCUGGUACCUUAUAUGUUUUAGCUUAGGGUCGGUCCUGAUAUGUAUUUUCUACAGAUGGCGCUAGAAACAAUACAACAUUUUAUGGAGGGGUUUAUAAAAAUGAGUUCGUAGAGUGAGCAAUAACCUAUCUAGACCGGUAGUAAACAAAUACGUUAAUCGUAUAAAUUGAUAUUACUAAUGAAUAAAUCUUGUUGUUAAGUUUAUAAAAUAUAACAAUUAUGUAUGCUAAAUUACAAGAUAUGAUUGGUCGAAAAGACCGAUCGCGAUUACGUGAAUUUGUACGAAAUGUAAACAUCGAAGAACUUUGCAAAGUGUUGAGUGACAAGAUUUGUAGCGGAGAUAUAGUCAAAAUUCUGGAUGAAGUAUUACAAAUAUUUGGUAAUGUUGACAAAUUUUCUGAAAAUAAAUUGAAAAUAGUAAAAGCCAUAUUACAAGUAUUAAGAAAUGCUACAAUCAGUAAUAAUCAUGCUGAUGAGAUUAUCAAUCUCAUAGCUAUAGAUUUUCCUAAUUAUUCAAAGAAUUGUUUACUUCAAUUAGUACAAUAUUGUGUCUCUCAUAUUUAUUUAAAUGAAGAUCACUUUCACAGUUGGAAAGAUUUAAUACCAGUACUAUUAGAAAUUUUGGAACAAGAAAAAUGUAUUGAAUAUAUGGGUUCGGAAGUUUCUGGAAAUGAAUAUAAAUCACUGAUCGUUAAACCCAUAUGUAAUAGCAAUUGGGAUCCUACAAUUGCGCCAUGUUUAGCCAAAAUGUUUGGAGACAUGAUUUUGGAUAAAAAAGAUUUGAAUGUAGUAGUUGCUUCAUUAUGUCAUAAACUUUCUAUGAUUGCUUUAAAUGAAGUACCACCUUUUGUGUACCAGACCCUUAGAUUAUGUAAUAAUCAUAGCUGUAUAUAUCUGAUUGUAUCAUUGCGCAAAUAUUUUGCAACAUAUUAUUCAGAUGCAAUUAGUAAAGAAUCAGAGAACGCUUUUGAAGAUAUUAGUACUACAAGUUUACAAGAAAUAAAAGACGCAGAGAGCAAUGUUUUAUUUCACAUACAUCAUGCUGCACAAUUACAUUACAAGUGUAUCAAAGAUUUGAUAAUUAAAUUUAAAAAGUUUUCCAUGGUACCAGAAUAUGUUUUAGAACCUUUCAUUUUAUCAACAACAUUUAUAAUCUCCAGUGUACAUGAAGAACAGGUGUUUGAAAUACUUCAUUUGACUAUUUUAAGAAAAAUGCAAGAUGACGAAAAAUGUAAGAACAGUGCUUGGUUAAAAUCUUUAAUACAUAAUAAUUGUGAUAUUAUGAAUGUUAUAGAUCAAGUUAUAACAAAUAGUAUUAAGGGUCGCCAUGUUGUAUUAAAAGGAAUUAUGGAUUUAGCCUUUGUGCUUAUGGAUACAGAACAUUCAACUGGAAAAAUCAGUAAAUGUACAAUUCAUAAAAUAGGUAUACAAAUACUUCAAAGAUUACUAAAGAAAAAACAUGAAAUAUGUGGUCCUGUACUUCAAUUAUUAACUGACAAAAUAGUGGCAGGUGGUUUGUUAAUAUCACAAUACACAGAUUGUUUAGCAUACAUGUGCCAUAAGCAAGCAAUGAAUGUGCUGGAUUUUCAAACUUACAUAAUUACACUUCUUGAUCAAUUGCUAUGUGUACCUGGUAGUACAGCUGUACAAAUUCUUUAUGCAGUUUUACCACUAAUACAAAUAUCAUCUAAUAUACAAAAUAAUCUUAUAUUAGCAUUAAGAAAGGCUCUUUAUAAAAAAGGAAUAUGUACACGUAAAAUGGCAGUAACUGGUUUUCUUGAAUUAUUAAAAAUGUUAAAAAUGAAUUCUAUAAGAAGUCUUCCUAGUGAUUAUUCUGAAAAUUCUGUUGUAUUAUCAAAUUCAUCGUCAGUGUUAACUCAGGUAACAUUAGAAAACCAGAAUAAUAUGGGCAAUAGUAAUGGAUACAAUAAAGGAUUAUGCGUGGAUAUAUUGAAUAUAUUAAAAAAAUGUUUUACUCAAGAAUUUGAAGUCAGAUCACAUUUAUAUGAAGGAUUAUUUGAGGUUGUAAUUAAGAAUCCUGAAUUAUCGGAAUAUAUAAUGGAAAUAUUACUUGCCCAAUUAAAUCUUUAUUUUGAGACUGAUGAAAAUAUUUUACCUCCAUUAAAAAUUGAUCUUAGUGUCGAUAUGAAUGAUUUACAAAUGAUUCCACGGGAACCUAUAGCUAUAUUGAUUUCCGUAUUACAAGAAAUUUAUAUUAAAAUAGCUUCAAAGGAUUGGGAUAUUUUAAAUAAAAUUGCUAUCAUUCUGGAAUCAUUGUGCGUGAGAAUGGCACGAACUGAAUUGGAACAUUUAAAUUUGGAUGAAGGAAUAGAUUUACUUGAUAAUACCCCAAAAUCACAACAAAAAUUACAUAAUCUGAAAGAAAUGAUGGGUGUAUAUGAAGCUUUAAUAUCAUACAGAAUUAAUUCAUGGAUUAAUGGAAGUCAAAAUAUAGCAAGAAAUAUAUAUGAUCUUUUUAAAGGUUAUAAUAGAUUAAUGGAUAUUGUUAAGAAUCUGAGAAAAAAGAGAGGAAACAAAAGUAAGAAAAAUAAAGAUGCAAAUAGUUCUAUACUUAAAAAGAAAAGUAAUACAGAUGCUAUCAAAUUACCAAAUGGAAAUAUAAGUUUAAGCAUAGUGUGUAAAAUUUUGGAGCUACAUUAUUUGGAUAAAUGGUCAGACAAUGAUGAAGUUAAAAUCCUAAGAUCACAUAAAGAGUUUUAUCAUUAUGUUUUACAAAGUUGUAUUUCUAUUUUUCAAACAACAAUGUCAUUAAGUAUUCCAGAGUUUGAAAAACAUAAAAAACAAAAUAUAAAAAUCUAUCAUGAAAUUGGAAAAUUACUUUAUAAAAAUAUAAUUGUAGAAUUUAAAGAUUCAUUCAAUUAUGAUCAACAAGGAGCAUUGUUAGCUUUGGAGUGUUUUAAACAAUAUUGUUUUCUAAUAUGCUCAAAGUUUUCUUCUCAAUUGUCAAAAUUUUUGGAUAGUAUGUGUAAUCAAGAAUCAACGGAUAGUUAUAACGAACAAUUGCAAACUUUUAUUUUGUCUUUUAAAGUUCCAUUGAAAAUGUCAUUUAAUGAAGAUUCUGAUGAUGAAGAAAUCUAUAAACAAAUAUCGUUAAUAUUAUUAGAAAUAAUACAAAAAUUUGUGCAUCAAUUAAACUUUCAGGAUAAUAAUGUGGAUAAAAUUUUUGAAUGGAUAAAAAAAUGUUCGCAAACAGAAGGCAUUAGUCCUUCUGCAUCUGUUUUGAUACUUCAAAUCCUUUUAUGGAUGGAAGACAGCGAUAAAGAUUAUGGAAUGAUAUUAAAUGAUAUUUCUUUUGAAAUAUCAGAGAAAUUGGGUAUGAUACAUAAGAUCGAAACAACAACAAGUGCAAAAUUUAAAAUUAUUAACGAAAAUACAGUUGUCCAAGCUUAUAACAUUGUUAAUCAUCAAAUAAAAAAUAAAUUAGAUAAUGUGUCUUGGUUUUUAGAACGUUUAAAAGCUGAACUUACAGCAAUGAAUGUUAUUAAUUUGAAUAAUGAACAAAAUCCAGAAAAUUUAGUAGAAAAAGAACGCAGUUUAUGUAGACAAUUAUCGUAUAUCAUUCAAAUACUUAAUACAUUGGCCAAUAUAUCUAUUGAUCCGGGUCAAUCUACUAAUUUGAUAUUUAAGAAUUUACAACAAUUGUAUAACAUAUUGAGCAAACUUACUAAAUAUUUUUAUUCUAAAUCGAGCAGUGGAAAUGCUGCAUUUCAUGCAGUUAGAUUUAUUCAAGUGAUACAGUUAGCAGGAAAACCACUAAAAUAUACUUUCUAUGAAUUAGUAACGCACAUAGAGGAUAGUCAGAGUAAAGAUAAAAAACGAUUAAAGACAGAUACAAAUGUACAAAAGAAUUAUAUUUUAAGAGAAACCAAAUUAAUACCACGUGUUGUUUAUGAGAUUGAACAAUUUAGUAAAGAAGUAUUAUUGCUUGCAAAAAAAACAGGGGUACCCUUAGAAAAUUAUAUCAAACAUAGCGUUACACGUGAUUUUCGAAUAUUAGAAUCACAAUUAACAGAAUCUCUGGAACAAAUGGACGUCAGUAUGUUAAGCACACAACGCAGUAAUACCACCAAUAUAGAUAACAGUCAUAUACAAGAAGAUUCUAAUGAUACUUCAUCAUCCAUGAUUGAAACGUAAAUAAUUUUUUCCCAUAAAUUUGAUUAAUUUUAUUAGAUAACAAAAUAUCAUAAUUAUAUAAGA